CGUGAUGCCUACGGCGAGAAUAAGGAAUCUGACCAGGAUAUGAUUUUUUCAUCAGACUAUCGUAUUCCUGAGUUACGUGGAGAAGCUAAAGGAUUAAAAGAAGUUCUAAGAGAAAGAGAAUUGUGGCCAGAAAAAGGAUUAAAAUUAAAAGAAGCACGAGAAUUAAUAA